AUGCUCCGUGGCAACUCUGUCAGGAUUCUUGCCGGCAACUCCCACCCCGGACUUGCGCAGGCCGUGGUCGAACGCCUCAAUGUGCCCAUUACCCCUUGCACGGUGAAGAAGUUCUCCAACGGGGAGAUCAACGUCAAGAUCUCUGAGUCGGUACGCGACGAGGACGUGUACAUCAUCCAGACCGGCUGCACCGACGUCAACGACAAUCUCAUGGAGCUCCUCAUCCUCAUCUCCGCCUGCAAGGGCGCGUCCGCGCGGAGGAUCACGGCGGUCAUCCCCUGCUUCCCCUACGCCCGCAUGGACAAGAAGGACAAGAGCCGCGCGCCCAUCACCGCGAAGCUCGUCGCGAACAUGCUCGCCGUCGCCGGCUGUGACCAUGUGAUCACCAUGGACCUGCAUGCAAGCCAGAUCCAGGGCUUUUUCGACUUCCCGGUCGACAACCUGUACUCGGAGCCGCUCAUGAUCUCAUACAUCAAGCGCAACAUUGAGGGCUGGAAGGAUAGCAUCAUUGUCAGCCCCGACGCCGGUGGGGCGAAGAGGGUGACUGCCGUUGCAGACAAGCUCGGGGUCGAGUUCGCGCUCAUCCACCGCGAGCGCAAGCGGAAACCUGGCGCGCCGGAGCGGAUGGAGGUCCUCGUCGGAGAUGUUCGGGGGAAGGUCGCAAUACUCGUCGACGACAUGAUUGACACCGGCAACACCCUCGCGCUCGCCGCUCGCUCGCUCGUGGAUAAUGGUGCGAGAAAGGUGUACGCCAUCAUCUCUCAUGGUCUCUUGUCGGAGACCAACAUGAAGAUGAUCGAAGCGCUCCCGAUUGAGCAGCUUGCGGUGACCAACUCAGUGCCACAAAAGUCGCACGAGGCGGCUUGCUCGAAGCUCGUCACGAUCGACGUGAGCCCGACGAUCGCAGAGAGCAUCCGGCGGACGCACAACGGCGAGAGCAUCUCUCUUCUCUUUGGAGACUGGACGGAGGGCGCGGGCGUGAAUGGUAUGUAUUGA